UUUUAUUGAUUUAAACAGAGAGGGAAUUCAAUUCAAUCGUUGAAAAAUAAUUUAGAGAUCCUUUUCGGCUAAAAAAUUCAAACCCUAAUUUCUUGAAAAUUUUCUCUUACGGAAAAAAAAAAAAAAAUGGGAUUAUGGGAAGCUUUCCUCAAUUGGCUUCGAAGUCUGUUCUUCAAGCAAGAAAUGGAAUUAUCCUUAAUAGGCCUCCAGAAUGCUGGAAAAACAUCCCUAGUUAAUGUCAUUGCCACCGGUGGAUAUAGUGAAGAUAUGAUACCAACGGUAGGAUUUAAUAUGAGGAAGGUAACUAAAGGAAAUGUCACGAUAAAGUUGUGGGAUCUUGGUGGUCAACCAAGGUUUCGGAGCAUGUGGGAGAGAUACUGCCGUGCUGUUUCAGCUAUUGUUUAUGUUGUGGAUGCUGCCGAUAAUGAUAACCUAUCUGUCUCGAGAAGAGAACUUCAUGACCUGUUAAGUAAAUCCUCACUGAAUGGUAUUCCCGUGCUGGUACUCGGUAACAAGAUUGACAAACCAGAAGCCUUAUCUAAAGAGGAUUUGACAGAGCAAAUGGGGCUCAAAUCCAUUACUGACAGAGAAGUGUGUUGCUAUAUGAUUUCAUGCAAGAAUUCCACCAACAUUGAUGCAGUCAUUGAUUGGCUUGUGAAGCAUUCAAAAUCAAAGAAUUGAAGUCUCAAAGUUUCUGUAACAUUGUUUUUUGUUUUUUCAGUUUGUGAUUAUAAUCAGUUAGAGGUUGCUUCUUCUUGUUCUCUUGGUCCAAGGUGGUCAAAUAUGGCUUUGCUGUUGGGUCUGUCUUUGUGUCUAACAUGGUUUUGUCUAUGUCUGACACCAUUGUCUUGAUUUUUAAACUUAGCUGGUAUCAGAAGGUAUUUAUAUAAUAUAUUUGUUUGGUGGAUGAGUGGGGCAUAAAAUUUGUUUUGAUCCUCUAUAUGUACAUAUAUUGGGUUGUAAACAUGGUUAAUGUGUUGUGGUUUUGAAUCAAAUAAAAGGUUAUUGAUACAUUUUUAGUUCCA